UUUCUGAGCAAGAGAAUUUCUCUUGACGUCGUAUGAAGACACAACUUCAUUGGUCAACACGCAGAGGGCAGCAUAAAGGGGGCCAGCUGUGUCUCAAUGAGACUUCAUUAUAAAGACACACCUCUCAAACUACCCGAUAAAUCCAAAGGCUGGAGAAUUCCUACUGCAUGACCCCGACAUAUGUCUCGCCUCGACUGCCGCUGUCCUUGGCAGGGGGCUGGGUGAAGUCCACAAGGUCGGUGGCCUUCACCAGGUCGGGCACAUAGACAUCAAACAAAAACACUGGAGGGACACACGCACGCACGCAGGCAAAAUGAAUGUCGCAUCUAGACAGCCGGGCGGGAAGCCUACCUGUGCGGGCGCUUUUGACGGUGAAGGGCUCAGACUGCAGUGAGAAAGGCCGCCAGUGCCCAUUCUCGAUGUCGGCAUUCUCGUGGCACUCGGAUGUGUGAGAUGUGCAGUGGUCGUCGGUGAUCAACGCAUACUUGUACCCGGGGGCCUGGCCGCCUCUGACUCUCUCUGGAAACAGGUUGGUACGGAUGAACUUGUGCACGAGUCGGUUCGACAAGUGCUGCAAGACGUCCUUGGCAAUGAGCAGGUCGGCAGAUGGAAGGGGCUCCGUCAGGCUGCCCACAUGAAACCGAAUGCUGUCCGAGCCGUAUCUCUGCUGGUUUUUCCUGACAACGUCCUUCACCACAUCGAUGCCCGUAUAGUCGACGUGCAGGUCAGCCCAUGGGAUGAGCCGCGAGAAGAGCCAGUCGCCACACGCGGCGUCGACCACUGAGGUGAUCUGGUGGUCCUUGAUAAACUGAAUGAGGAACGCGCGAUAGCCGACUGUCUGCUCGGGGAGAGAGCCGCCGCCCGAGGUGCCCUCGCCCUCCGCAUUCUUGCCCCAGUGGCCCGUCUCGUAGAUGGUGCCAAACUUGCCGCCCAGGCCCGAUAUCUCCUCAGUAAUUGUCGCAGGCUCACCGGCGCCGCUGUCAGUGCCGUUUUCCUGACCAUGAGCGCUCAGAUGGCCUGAAGAUGGAUCGCAUGACAACGAAGGGACAGACAUCUGGCCAGCCCCGCAGUGGCAUGCCCUCACCUGCUCGAAAGUGUCGGCUCUUUGUGCGCCUUGCCUUUCUCCGCAUUCUCUUCCAUGCAGACGGCUUCAUCUCCUGUAGUGACUGGUGUGUCUCGGGACUGUUUCCAAGAAAGGGCGCCGGCGACCGGUACCGGUGUGGUGAGCGGCCCCCCCGCACGUUGGCGGCUAGAGUCGCAGACAAGAGGCUCAGCCAGAGACACCCCAGCCCCACCAUGGGGCCUUUGACCCUCGUCGAUGCAGUUUACACAGUGAAGUGGGAACUCAAGCUAGUAGAGGCUGCCGACGAUAGGUGCAGCACUGCUGAAUGUCUCAGGCAAGAGAGAAAAGACGGAGGGAACCGAGUUGAG